CCCACAAGCCUUUUAUGCUUCUGAGCCAAAGUGGUGAAGAAGGAAAAAGGAAUAGGGCCUCUCUCUCUCUCUCUCUUUCAUAUAUGGUUUGCUUCUGUUUUCUGGUGGACCAGAAGAGCGUGGUGCGGCGGAGCAAGCCGGUGGCGGGGAUGUGCUCGCGGUGCCGCCAUGGAGCCACGGUGGCGGAUAUGAGAACGCUGACCAGGUUUUGCUACAUCCCAUUUUAUUGCAAGUCGUGGAAGGCCAUCAUGUGUAGUUUUUGUGGGACUAUUCUAAAAUCUUACAGGUGAUUUAUUCAUCAGUGUAUGUGAACUCAUCGGCCGCCGCUCAGCUCUCUCUCUCUCUCUCUCUCUCUCUCUCUCUCUCUCUCCAUGUUUUGUAAUACUAUGAGAGGAUUUUGAUUCAUUCUGUAUUAUAACCUGCAUGAAUUAAUUAAUCAAGUUUUGUGGAUAA